GGGCAGCACUGUAUGUACACAGAGCUUGCGUGAACAUCGGCACAAAACAGGAGCAGUGUUUAUAAAGGCCCAUCUUGGCGUCAAUUAGAGAGCGUUUGGCCCCCAGUAAAAGUGUCAGUGUGUAGCUAUUCUCUAGAAGGUGCUAGACAACAGCAUAAGGCUACUUAUUUACCCGGCUUCAAGUCCGACGUGAGACAUGAAGAGAUACCGAGGGCGAUGGAGAGUAGAUUCUGUGUUUUGAACGACACCGAAGAUCUCCAAACGCGAAUUUUAAACACUGAGAACAAUCUCCACUUCGAAAGGUCUAAGACACUGUUUGAGGAAAUUCGUGCCUCCAUAAACAACAACGACGAAGAGGAUCGCUCUUUCUGGAGGCCUGUACUGCCAUGGGGUGGCGUCUUUACCAUCAAGGCAGGACGGAAGGCCAUAUCCUGCACACCUCUCUACGUGAAAAUCCACCUGAAGAACACCUGCACCAUCGAUGGCUUCCUCAUGAUCCUGUAUGUGAUCCUGCGGGACAACCAGGGCUUUCGCAGGGAAUUGUCUGUCUUCCUGGGCAAGCAGUUCGUGGAGUAUUUCCUCUACCUGAUGGACUCCUGUGACUACACCACGGUGAAGAUGCUGUGGAUCUGGGACAGAAUGUCCAAGAGACAGUACCGAUCUGAGAUCCACCAGGCAGCGUUGGAGAUAGACCUGUUUGGCAAUGAGCAUGAGAACUUCACAGAGAAUCUGGAGAACCUGAUGUCCACCAUGCAAGAGAGUCUGUGCACCAACUGGAGCUGUCCGUCCCGCUUCCAGGAUUUCAUCAAGACCACCAUCAGCAUCAGUCCUCCACAUGAGCUGCCUCACAGAGACCCAAUUCAGUCAGCAGUGGAUGAGUUCUUCUGCCCCAAGCUCCUCCUCUGCUCAGAACUGGGGUGUGAUGGCCUUCGGGAGUUCUCUCAGAGGGUUUUCUGCCACGGACCCCCACCCUUUGUUAUUCUCAACAUGCAGCAGUGGAAGUCAGAAGAGCUGUCCUACGUCCCCUACCACCUGGCUCUCUGUCAGCACAGGUAUCUACUAGAGGGCGCCACACUCUUCAACAAAGAGGAACAUCACUAUUCUGCAGCCUUCCAGAUAGACGGCUGUUGGAUGCACUAUGACGGCCUGAGGAGUGAUAAUCUGAUCCUGUUACACAAGCCUCCAGAGCUCCUGCUGCUGUCCUCGCUGGUCUACAUCCGCGCUUCUGACAAGUGAACUUGUUUUGUCACAGGUGGACUUACAGUACAGAUGAGAUGAAGUCACACCAAGCACAAGAGUGAAUGCAACCAUCCUUACUUUGACCAUUGAGUCACAACCCCCGUUAUAGCAUUACAUUGCUGUAACUGCAUCAUUAGAACUUUAAUUCAUUCCUGCCUUGUGUAUGCUUCCGCUGUCAGCUGUUAGACUGAAUGACAAAUGCUUCAUUUCACUUGAGUGCUUGCAGAGAGCUUUCUGUACAAAAAGAAAAGGACUGACUUAUUUUGGGGUGUGCUUGGAAUCCAAGAAUAUAAUGGACUAUAAUAGUUCCGGGCUGAUAUACAUAAAUGACGCUACCAGUGAUCGUAUACGUUUGCGGUCACCUUCUAUGAAACAGGCUCAUGGUUUUGCAGUUGGUUGUGCAUUUGCGUUAAAGUAGCAAGGUUUAAAUGGAUGUUUGGAGUUGACAUUGACAGUACAUCACCUUUCAAGUAAAAGUAUACACCAAUCAGCCACAACAUUUGAACCACCUGCCAGGAUGCGAUGUCUGGCACUGGGAGGCAAGCCUUUAGGGUCUUUGCAGGGUAAGGCCUCCAUAGAUAGGGCUUGUUUCUUCCUUUUUGUUUAUUAAAUUGUGAUCUGGCUUGCUUGAAGGCUAAGUCAACACCUUGGGCUCUUUGUCGUGUUCCUUGAGCUGUUCCUGAGCAGUUUUUGCGGUGUGGUACUGUGCGUGAUCCUGCUGGGGGAGGCCAUUGCAGUCAGAGUGUCAUUACCAUGUGCACGGGGUUCGGAACAGUGGUGACAGCCAUAUGAACGCCAAGAGGUUUUCCAGCAGAACUUCGAUGUUAUUCACCUGUCAGUGGUUUGUAAUAUUGUGGCUAAUCACCGUCACUUUACAUUUAUGCAUAUCAGCCCUUUCUUAAAAUGAAACUGGUGCUUUUCCUUAUUUACACUGUGGUCUGAGAUAAAGAAGCAACCAAACGAGGUCAAGGCAAAUGUAAGGUUCUUACAUCUUGUUUUGGAUGUUUAAAUUGGCAGGAGAGAAUUUAAUACAAUGAGUCGAUGUUAAUAUACAAAUUCUCAAAUGAUAUAAAUGUUAAAGGCAAUCGGAAAUUUAGUGGGUUUUCUGACACUAAAAGCAUAAUUAUUACCUGUUUCGCUUCCUUGGCACAAAGCGUGUACAUAAUUAUGAAUAAAGUUCAUGCAUUUUAACACUUAAGCCACUGAAUACGCCAACAAAUUUAUUUUGUAAAAGAAUUACUGUUAAUCACACAGUGCCUCUGCCAAGCAAAGUUUGUGAAACUGAAUUCUGUUGAGCGUUAAUUUUUUAUGGCUGUUUUCUAUGCAGACACUGUCUUUAAAGUGCAAAUACAGAUAUUUUGGAAUA